GCUGCCCUCGUUUCCGCCUUUUCCCGGUCCCUUUAGAGGCGACAGACUCAAUCCCCCUCCAUCCUCCGCCGGUGGAGCGUCCCCAAACAAAUCCUGACCAUGACUGAGCAGAUGACCCUUCGGGGGACCCUUAAGGGCCACAAUGGCUGGGUUACCCAGAUCGCCACCACCCCACAGUUCCCGGACAUGAUCCUCAGCUCUUCCCGGGACAAGACUGUCAUCAUGUGGAAGCUGACACGUGAUGAGACCAAUUAUGGCGUCCCUCAGCGCGCCCUCCGCGGUCACUCCCACUUCGUCAGCGACGUGGUCAUCUCCUCCGAUGGGCAGUUUGCCCUGUCAGGUUCUUGGGAUGGGACCCUGAGGCUGUGGGAUCUCACCACUGGCACAACCACAAGGAGAUUUGUGGGUCACACCAAGGACGUCCUCAGUGUGGCUUUCUCCGCCGACAACCGUCAGAUCGUGUCAGGUUCCCGAGACAAGACCAUCAAGCUGUGGAACACUCUGGGAGUGUGCAAGUACACAGUGCAGGAAGAGUCUCACUCUGAAUGGGUUUCUUGCGUCCGCUUCUCACCCAACAGCAGCAAUCCAAUCAUUGUUUCCUGCGGCUGGGAUAAGAUGGUGAAGGUCUGGAAUUUGGCCAACUGCAAACUGAAGACCAACCACAUUGGCCACAGUGGCUACCUGAACACUGUCACCGUGUCUCCCGAUGGCUCCCUGUGUGCUUCUGGAGGCAAGGAUGGACAAGCCAUGUUGUGGGAUCUGAAUGAGGGCAAACACUUGUACACCCUGGACAGUGGAGACAUCAUCAAUGCUCUCUGCUUCAGUCCCAACCGCUACUGGCUGUGCGCUGCCACAGGGCCGAGCAUCAAGAUCUGGGAUCUGGAGGGCAAGAUCAUUGUAGAUGAACUGAAGCAGGAGGUGAUCAGCACAAGCAGCAAAGCUGAGCCCCCACAGUGCACCUCUCUGGCCUGGUCAGCAGAUGGACAGACUCUCUUCGCCGGAUACACAGACAACUUGAUCAGAGUUUGGCAAGUGACUAUUGGGACCCGCUAAGAUGUUUUCUGGAUACAGGAAAAUGGAGACAUUACAAUUGUAAUGUUACCACCUGAUGCUGCUUGUGCAGUAUGGAGUCUUUUCUUACAACAGCAGCCUGUGACUCAAAUAAAAGUUGCUAUAAAACUACAA